GGAUGUUGAUGCUUUUUUUAAAAAUUAUUUAUUUAAGAAUUAUUUAAGAAGCUAAGAUUGACUUGCCCCGCCUCUCUCUCCCCCUCCCUGAUCUUCCUCCUCGUCACCUCUCUUUAUUUUUUGGUUUCUGCUCGGUUGACUGAAGGCAAUCAUAUCAAUCGAUACUAUCUGAACCCAUAUAUACAAAUCAUCAUGGGCGUCACCAAAACCCUCCUCCGAGAAGGCAACGGCGUUGAUAUCCCCCAGAAAGGCGACAACGUAGCCAUCCACUACACCGGGUGUCUGCACGAUCCGUCCAGUCCUGAUAACCAUCAUAUGGGCAAGAAAUUCGAUAGCUCUAUCGACCGCGGCCAGCCGCUGACUACUUCUAUUGGGAUUGGACGGGUGAUUAAAGGCUGGGAUGAAGGCGUGCUUCAGAUGAGUCUGGGAGAGAAGGCUAUUUUGACUAUCGAUCCCGAGUACGGAUAUGGGUCUCGCGGCUUCCCCGGCUUGAUCCCCGCGAACUCGACUCUCGUGUUUGAGGUCGAGCUUCUCUCCAUCAACGACAAGACGGUAUAACGUAUAACGUUGUCGGGGGUGUAUCGAAGGUGGGAUGAAGACGGUGACAUAGCUGUAUGUAGCGGCGAAAAGACGUUGGUCGUGGGUAA